AUGAUGACAACAAGCUCUUUGAAGAGUGCUUUACGCCAAUGGACCGAACGUUCAUGGCUGUCGAUGGGGGAGAUACCUACCUUUACAGUUGGGGAGGUGUUUGUUUACCUUUGGCUGGAUCUGUACAAUCAGCUUGGUCACUGCUCCACGCAUAAUGAUAAGGGUCUUAACAGCGACAUCGCCCAAGUAGCUUGUGGCACCUUGCACACAGCGGCGUCUGAAGAUCUAUCUAUACACUUGAGGAUGGAAAAGAGACGGUCAGUUGGGCCCUAG